AUGCAAUUGAAAAAAGGAAAGGAGAUCUCAAAGGUAAGUAAAUUAUAUCGUCUUAAACCAUUUUUGGAUAAAAACAAUUUGCUACGCGUGGGCGGGCGUUUAAAAAACGUAGACGAUAUUUCAGUGUUUCAACGGAAUCCUAUGGUAUUACCGUCACAUUGUUCGUUUACCAUAUUGUUAUUUAGAGAGGAACACAUCAAGUUAAUGCAUAAUGGCUCACAAGCGUUAUUAGCGUCGGUUCGAUUAAAUUAUUGGCCUAUUAACGGUCGAAACCUCGCACGAUUUACCGUUGUUUGUUUUCGUCACAAGCCUCAAGUGGUGCAACCGAUCAUGGGAGAUCUACCAAGGGACCGCCUGUCUCCGGGUCGAGCUUUUUUAGCCACAGGUAUAGAUUUCUGUGGUCCAUUUUUGUUAAAAACAGGAUUGAGGAAAAAUUCACCGGUUACUAAAGCCUAUGUGUGUAUAAUUAUUUGUUUUGCGACACAUGCGGUGCAUUUUGAGUUGGUCAGUGAUUUAAGUACCGAUGCUUUCUUACGUGCUUUAAAUCGGUUUUUUGAUAGACGCGGAAAAAGUAAAACUUUGUACUCUGAUAACGCCUCAAAUUUUAUCGGGUCAAAUCGUCAACUUAAAGAAUGGUAUGAAUUAUCUCAAACUGAAGAACAUCAAAGUAAAAUUAAUAAUAUGUUGUCUGAAAACGAAGUGGAGUGGAAGUUUAUUCCUGCGCGCUCACCGCAUUUUGGGGGUCUGUGGGAAGCUGGAGUAAAAUCGAUGAAAUAUUUAUUACGUAGGGUUUUGGGAGAUGCCCAUUUAUUUUAUGAGGAGCUUCUUACUGUAAUUACCAGGGCGGAAGCAUGCUUAAAUAGUCGCCCAUUAACGAUUCUAUCCUCUGAUCCAAGCGCCUUGUCUCCUCUCACUCCUGGUCAUUUUCUUAUUGGUAAUUCUUUAACUGCUUUACCUGAACCGGAUCAAACGAACAUAUCAAGUAACCGGUUAACACGUUGGACGCGUGUUUCUCAAUAUUCUCAAAAUUUAUGGAAGCGCUGGAGUCGGGAGUAUUUAACGCAGUUGCAGGAGAGAACGAAAUGGGUUGGUGAGAAAGGACCUAAGAUAAAAGUAAGCACCAUUGUGCUUCUCAAGGACGAUAAUAUUCCGUCUUUAAAGUGGCGACUUGGUCGUGUCGUAAAUGUAGUAACUGGAAAUGACGGUGUCAUUCGAGUUGCCGACGUCAAAACCAUGAAUGGCUCUUUUCGCCGAGGAGUUAGGUUUUUGUGUCCUUUGUCAAUCGAAGAAAAUUAA